CAAACCAUGCCCCAUCGUAACAAACCAGCGCCGGGUACCGAUACAAUCCUUACGAGCUGAUGCUCGUUUCAACAAAAAAUGUGACAGAAUAACACAAAAUUGCUGACACACCUUCUUUUAUGCUACAUAUUUCUACUUCAAGUUACUCAUCCGUGAAUCUAGUCAAAAAUGCAAUUCCGAACCGUGUGCGUUUGGAUGACCAUUCUGAGUCUGGCAACGGUGGUGCGGUCGCUGACCGAACCUACGACGGCUACCCUAGGUAGUACUGUUGCCCACCCCGCUUGGAUCUCUAGGAUAAUCUCUCACCACAUUUUGGACUACAACGUCUCGUCCGAGGUGAACCCGCAAUGCACGAGGCAUUUUAAAACUUUCCGACAGCACCUGAGUAACUUCACAACGUGGGCCGUUCAAAUGUUCGACUCAUCAGACCUCGUCCCAACUGGGCUCCUGGUUGGGGAUAACUACAAACUUGGUAACUUUGACGAGUGCCUCAAUGUCAAGGUUCCUAAAAAAUUUGGCAUCUCGAGUCAAUACUGCCUGGCUACUUUCAAAUUCAACCGGAUAGGCUACGAACGAUCUAGCAAGCGUAUCAGCGAAUGGGAAAGACCAGCAUGGGAUCGAUUACAGGCAUCCAAAUUUGACCGAACAAAAGUGCCGAAAGACUUUUUCAACCUCGCCUUUUGCCUUCCGAGCUCCUGCGCGCCGGAAGAUCUGCAAUCCUCUUUGCAAACGCUCUUGGAAGGGCCAAUGCGGGCCGGAUCCUUCAACUUAACUGUCACCGUUGACCACCUCCAAUGCACCUCGAACGAGGAAAGAGACUCUGAGCCUUCAGGAACACAAAUCGUGAGAUAUUUCAUGAUGGUGGUCACAUUUAUUUUUCUAAUAUGUUCCGGAAUCGAUAUCCUCCUUGCCGCCACACAACCUGAAAAGUACGACGUUACAAAUUGUUCAUUCGACAAAGCCACAGGAUUAGAGAAAUGGAUCCUCCCGUUUUCACUUUUACGGAAUGGACGACUGCUGCUCAAAGGAACCGAUUCUCCCGACGAUCACAAAAUCCUCCACGGCUCCAAACUCAUCCUCAUGAUAUUGGUCAUUGUUGCUCACCGUGUCAUGGAGGGCUGCGUCAAUCCUGCCUUCACAAAUUGGAACUAUUACGAAAACAGAAUCCAAGAGUUUAGCCUGUUUUUCGUCGGCUUGCCAGUUGUGGAUGUCUUUUUUUGCAUCUCUGGUUUCCUCACCUGCACAUCACUCGUCAAGCAAUUGGACAAGAACACAUUCAACAUUUGGACUUACGUAGCUAACAAACUUAUCAGAGUGCUUCCACCAUACAUGUUCAUCCUCGCAUGUACGAUUUUCAUUUUGCCCACGCUGGCCAACGGACCCAUGUGGAAGACCGUCAUUGAAACAGAAGUGGAUUACUGUAGGAAGGGAUGGUGGACCAAUCUGCUUUUCAUCAACAACUAUUAUAAUCCUCAGGAUUACUGUUUACUACAAACUUGGUAUAUCGCGGCUGAUAUGCACUUCUUCGUAGUAGGAUCGGUGAUGAUUUACUUUUGCUGGAGAUGGAGCUCACGGAAGACAACCAUCAUUGGAUUGGCUCUUUUCAUCAGCGCUUUCAUACCUUUCGUUAUUGUUGUUGUUAACCAAUACGACGGAGUCUUGAAGCAAUACUAUGAUUACCUAGCGAAGCCUCGCUCUCAUGAAGCAUUCUUACACGUGUACAUGAAAAGCCACGCUCGGGCCGGUCCAUAUGUUGUAGGAAUAGCUGGGGCAUUCAUCCUGAAUCACCUGAAAAAAAAUGGGCAUAAAUUUACAAAGGUCGCAGCUUGGGCGGGCGCUCUUUCCGGGGUAGUGAUUAGUGUCUCAGCGGCGGCUUACGGCUACGUGCUCUACAACCCCAACAAACCGUACAAUGCUAUCGAAAACGGUCUCUACGCCGGAAUUCACCACCACGCAGUCGCUGCAGGCUUCAUGAUCAUCGUCAUUGUCCAAAUCAUCAGCGGUUUCGGCGUUCUUGACGUGUUCUUCUUGGCGCAUGACAUAUUCGCACCAGGGAGCCGGUUGUCGUAUUGGGCGUUUCUGCUAAAUAUUCCGGUGAUUCUUUACGUCGUAGGUUCUUAUAAAACCCCACAGUACAUGACGUAUGAACAGUUGAUUUAUAGCGGCCAAAACUGGGGUGAUAUCGUCCUAAUAUACUUCAUUUCUAUUUAUUGUUACCUAAUAAUUGAAGCACCUAUUAAUCAUUUCAAGCCAAAGAUUCUCAACCGUAUUAGAAGGAUUCAAUCCGCGGCGAAAAUCAAGAUCGCCUAUAAUCCAACAGAUAAAAAAUAAACUCAUUUUCCACCGAAAAAUCUGAGAAUUGAGAAAGAUCUUGAUGGAAGCCAAAGACGCUGAGAUUUGCUAAAACGCAUUCUAAAGUUGCUCCAAAAAGAGGCCACAGGGAAUUGUUGGAAAGCGGUGAACGAGGCAAUGAUAGAGAAAGUUACAGUUUGCACUGAAGAUAUACGAUUAUUUUCAAUAAAAACAAAGCAAACCUCAUGAAGCUGUUUAUAGGCGACACCAGAAAUUUAUCCACGAGGUUAGCCGGCCAUCUUAAAGUACAAAUUAUGAUAUAUUGUCACUCUUCUUGAGGAGAGACCCAAUUGUCCUUACCUACUGAUUUAGAUUGAUUAUGGAACAAUCCUGCUUUGAUAUAUCUGCGUUUAAGCAACUUUUAAUUAAUUGCUCAAUUCAGAAAAGCUACCAACCUUGAGAUCACAUUUCCCGGUUGUUCUUUUCUUUUUGCCCCGAUACCAUUAUAGUUCUUUUUGAUAAUGCAUUUGGGCAAUCAUUGUUUAGAAUUUUUUUUUUUUUUUUUAUUAAACUGAACGUUUAUCUAAAAAACAUAAGAACUAGUCUCACCAUCACAUCCAUAAUGUUAAUACUUACAGUGGAAUCGAUAAUUAUGUAUGAGAGGAUAUUUUUAAGUUUACUGUAAAAGUUGCUCACAGUGCCUAUAAUCUUUUUUUUUUCAAAUCUCAUUAUCUAUGAUGCAAAAAAAAGACCCACAUAUGAACGAAAUAAGUUCAUUUCCACCUAUAUUUGUGUUAUUGUAAAUAAGAUCUGUUACCAGGCAGCGUGCAAUAACUUCUGAUUAUUUAUAGUUUUAUUUAUAAUUUAAUUUAUUACUUAAACAUUUGUAUUUAUUUGUAACAAAUAUGUCACACGAUAAAGUUUUUUUCAUUUAA